UCAUGGCGGAUGUGUAGUGCGCGUCGAAUUCGCGUCCGCUGCUCGCGAGCUGAAAUAAUUCGAUUACCGUCGCGAAAGUUAUCCUAAAUCUACGUGUGAUGUGUAUCAGCGUCCGCUUUUCUCGCGUAGCGUCGAAAAACUGCCGGCCAUUCGUGUUAAUUACGUAUCCCGGGACGAUAAUCGAGGCCGCUCGACAAUCGCCGAACAAGUGGACGACGCGAGUGAAGUUGAAUACAAAAUGCACGGAAUUCGGGAGUUCAAGCUUUGAAUCGUCGCGAUAUAUUUAUUUGCGUGAUAUGUGUGUUUGUUAUCAGGUCGACGAAUCGGCCGAAAGUAGCGUUAUCGCGCAGCUUCGCGAGAGAAAGUCAAAAGUGUAAUCAAGCGUCUCUCUCGUUCUUGGAAGUGCGUGCGACUUAUUGUCAGCUCACCACACACGACGAUACACACAUAACCGCCGUGUAGAAAGACGGAUCAGUGCGGCCCUGGGAUCGCGAUACUGCCUAUUCGCGUGAGGCACACGAUAUAUACGCGUAUUCGACGCCUUCUUAUGUGUGUAUAUCAUGGCGCUAUCCACAUACGCGUCGCUCGUUCUCUCUCUCCCCCUCUCCCGCUUCCCCCUCCCUCUCGCGGUACAGCGUAGUACCGCGCGUCGCCAUCGCCGGUGAGACGGCGGCGCUGUCAGUCCGACUUCUGCCGUGGCGCCAUCGCGUUGCGUCGUCGUUCGUGCUCCGAAGUCCACGCAGCGAGCCACAGUUCGCUCUCCGCAGCUCAUCGCGUCACUGUGAAAGGAGUUAGACGCACCUUGGUCGUGUGUCGUGUGUACGCAGCAAGGUCGCGUUAAUCUCGUCGCGCGCGAAAAAUGCCGGACAGUGAGUGAAAAUCGAGAGCGAAUAAACAGCGACGCCGUCGAAAGUUUGAUUCGCCGGGAAAGGGGAAAGGAACGAAGGACGUGAAUCGCGGCGCGCGAACUCGAAACGGACGGGCGCGCGCGACACAUGAGGAGGAGGCGAACUCGCCGGGCGAGUUCGGACGAAGAGAGGAAGCCAAGAGCAAGAGCGGCACUACCGGGAGCGGCCUUACAGCGAGGAAUGCAGCUUCGGGAUCGUAAUCUGCGGCCACGGCCGGCCGCCACGCACUCGGAGACAUGACGCGAUGAUCGUCGAGGCACCCGGUGCAUCCGCCUUUACUGCUCCAUCACGCCGCUGCCGCCGCCGUCGUCGUCGUCGUCGUCGCCGUUCGCGUCCUCCGCCCGCGUCCUCCUCUCUCUGUCUCUCUCUGUCUCCUUCCUCUCCUCUCUCUUUCUCUGUCUCUCUCUCUCUCUCGCUCGCUCGCUCGCUCUUGUCUCGCGUGCUCGUGUGUGUACGUGCGCCGUUCCAUAAUCGGCGCGGAAAGUGUGACGGAUAAGUUGUUUCGUCGGAAAUGCACCGGUCAGGAAUCAUGGGUGAUGUGCACGGGCUCCGUCUAGUUAGUGACUUGGACCAGGAGGAUAUCAGAGACGACGUCGGCAUGUCCAUUAGGAAAAGCUGCCGGCAAAACUACGAGCCGCUGGAGCAUCGUCACCGCAGCGCCGAGUUCUCGCUUUCAUCGACACGGCAUUACCGAGUCGCGAAGCAAUCCAAGCUGAAUUUCGACAUUUCCAGAGCGCAUUCGAGCUAUCAACAGAGACGACACAGACAGCAGGAAACUCGUCAGACAUCGCGGCGAAGCUUUACCGUCAAUGGCGUUCUCCAUCUGCUCGUCCUGGUCGGGCUUUUCGCUCUCAGCACAGCCGAGGCACGGACUUUCUGCCCCAAUGGCUGUACUUGCGACGACGACACCCUGGUUGUCUCUUGCGUAGGCGCCAACCUGGACGUAAUACCGAUCGCGCUGAAUCCUAGCAUUCAGCGGAUAGUGCUGAAAGAGAACCGCAUCAAGAUCGUGGACGCGGCGGCCUUUCAGUUCUACGGCGAUUUGAAGAACGUUGAUCUCUCCAGUAAUCAUUUGUUCACCAUACCAAACGGCAGUUUCGACGCUCAACGACACUUAGUAGAACUUCACUUGAAGCAUAAUAAGAUCUCGGCGUUGACUGAGAAAACGUUCCAAGGCCUCAAGUCUCUCACAGUGUUGAAUCUGCGAGACAACUAUCUGGAGACGCUAAGUAGCGGCCUGUUCGCUUAUUUGUCGAAGCUUGAGGAGCUCGAUCUGGGUCAGAAUCGCAUAUCGAAAGUCGAGCCAGGUGCAUUCCAAAAAUUAGGUACUCUCCGGGUGCUGUAUCUCGACGACAAUCAGUUGCGAACUAUCCCGUCGCCAGCCUUGGCGCCGAUGAAGGCUCUCGCCGAGCUUCACAUCGGCUGGAACGCCUUCACUUCGUUGCCAGAUGACGCAUUUAAGGGCCUCGAACAGUUGGCGGUGCUGGAUAUCAUGGGCGCUGGAUUGGACAACAUUAGUGACGGGGCAUUUCGCGGCUUGAACGCUCUUCGUAGUCUGAAACUGAGCGCUAACAAGUUGCGCGAAGUACCGACGAAGCAGCUAGCGGUGUUACCGCGUCUGGAAGAGCUCACCCUAGGUCAAAACUUUUUCACGAUCCUGCGAUCCGGCGCCUUCCAGAGCCUGUCGACGCUGAAGAAACUCGACGUGUCCGGCGCUAAGUUGUUGACCACCGUUGAGAAGGGAGCUUUCUCGGACAAUGCCAAUUUAGAGACCCUCAUAUUGAAUAGUAACAAACGCCUGGCCACGAUGGAGGACGGUUCCCUGGCUGGUUUACCGAAUCUGAGGCAUCUGAUGCUACGCGAUAACGCUUUCGUUACAUUCUCGGAAUCGCUGGUCGCUUGGAACGAACUGCGUCGAUUGGAUCUCAGUGAGAAUCCGUUAAUCUGCGACUGUAGUCAGCUUUGGCUAGCCGAGGUUCUCGUACCGAGGAAUUCCAGCCCAGUGAUAUGCGCUGAGCCACCGGAAUCCAAGGGUAAACCUAUCAAGGGCAUGACACCCGACGAAUUAGGCUGCGCUUUCUCGGAUCCGCGCAAGCAGGCCCUACUAGCGACUGUAGGCGCCGCCGGAUUGGCUCUCUUUACCGGUGUCGCUUUGAUCCUAUAUUACCGAUGCCGCAGACGCGUCCGAGACGCGCUCAAGGAUUACAAAUGGAAGAACCGUGCGAUAUCGCGGAAGGAGCAUGAAUAUCAGAAGACCUUCUCCGAUGACGAAUACAUUGUUCGUUCAGCGCACGCCCACCACCAUCAUCAUCACCAUCAACCGCCGCAAUCUCAGCCGGUGUCCACGCAUCAUCAUCACCAUCAUCUUCAGCAGCAGUUGCAGCAACAGCAACAGCAGCCUCACGCACAGAUGACGGCCGGUAUCAAACCGAUACCGGUGACGGAGCUGUAGCUAGAACUUCGGGCGGCGAGCCCCGGGACC